AUGGCAACGCGAGGUAAUGCCUCCAGUUCGUUGAUGAGUAACCACACAAAAGAACGUGUGACCAUGGCCAAGGUAACACUGGAGAACUUCUACAGCAACCUGAUUGCCCAGCAUGAAGAGCGUGAAAUGAGGCAGCAAAAGCUUGAAAAGGUUAUGGAUGAAGAGGGACUCCCAGAUGAAGAGAAACGUUUGAGGCGCUCGCAGCAUGCCCGCAAAGAGACUGAAUUUUUGAGACUGAAGAGGACCAGACUGGGUCUGGACGACUUUGAGUCCCUCAAGGUCAUAGGACGAGGCGCUUUUGGCGAGGUGCGGCUGGUUCAGAAGAAAGACACAGGCCAUGUGUACGCCAUGAAAAUCCUUCGCAAGGCUGAUAUGUUGGAGAAGGAACAGGUGGGACAUAUUCGAGCGGAGAGGGACAUUUUGGUGCAGGCAGAUAGCCAGUGGGUCGUCAAAAUGUUCUACAGCUUUCAGGAUAAGAUGAACCUUUAUCUCCUUAUGGAGUUCCUUCCAGGAGGUGACAUGAUGACACUGUUGAUGAAGAAGGACACGCUAACUGAGGAAGAGACACAGUUCUACGUGGCUGAGACGGUGCUUGCCAUUGACUCUAUCCAUCAGUUGGGGUUCAUUCACAGAGACAUAAAGCCAGACAACCUGCUGCUGGAUUCAAAGGGCCAUGUCAAGCUGUCAGAUUUUGGCCUGUGCACAGGCUUGAAGAAGGCUCACAGAACGGAGUUUUACAGGAACCUGAACCACAGCCUGUCCAACGAUUUCACCUCCCAGAACAUGAACUCGAAAAGGAAGGCAGAGACAUGGAAAAGGAACAGAAGGCAGCUGGCAUUCUCAACAGUUGGCACACCAGACUACAUUGCUCCAGAGGUCUUCAUGCAGACUGGGUACAAUAAGCUGUGUGAUUGGUGGAGCCUAGGGGUCAUCAUGUAUGAGAUGCUGAUCGGCUAUCCCCCAUUUUGCUCAGAGACACCCCAAGAGACGUACAAGAAGGUGAUGAACUGGAAAGAGACGCUUGUGUUUCCACCUGAAGUGCCUAUUUCGGAGAGAGCCAAAGACCUAAUUCUCAGAUUUUGCUGUGAAGCAGAUCAUCGAAUUGGAGCCUCAGGCGUAGAAGAGAUCAAGAGGAACCCUUUCUUUGAAGGCGUGGAUUAUGACCAUAUAAGGGAGAGGCCAGCAGCAAUUCCAAUUGAGAUAAAAAGCAUUGAUGACACAUCCAAUUUUGAUGAAUUCCCAGAUUCCGACAUCCUGCAGCCUACAGUGGUGACCAAUCAUUCAGAGGCAGAUUACAAGAACAAAGAUUGGGUCUUCAUUAACUACACCUACAAGCGCUUUGAGGGCCUUACAGCUAGAGGGGCUAUUCCUUCCUACAUGAGAGGAGGAAAGAGAUAAGUAAAGCCCUCUCUGGUCUCAACCAUUUGUUCAGCCAGCCCUGGCUUCAAUUGUCCAUUCCUCCACGAUUAUCUCCACAUCUUCA